UUACAUAGGCUAACUGAGCUUUACUCCUAAGUCUUGCACGGAUAGAGAACCGCUUAUCCAGUUGUGGAAGUGCAAAAAGUGAGUUGGCAGCCAACUUAUCUCAAGAGUAACACAAAAUUAUUCCACAGCAUUGGAAAAUGUUACCCAAGUUUUAGUGAGGAAACUGAAACACGUUGUAUUUUUAGUGCUGAAGUGCUGAUCUAACAGUUGUUUUCCUGGUUUUUCACACUAAGUGUAUUUGCAAUGAAAAACAUUUUUGGAGCAGGUUGUUACAUUUGCAUAUUGAAUUCUAUCCUAUUAUUCAGUACAGCAUUUGGUAACACGUCGUCUAUGGGGCAAAAUCGUUCCCAAUUGGAUGAUAUAAAGAUCUCUUCAGGCGGUGACAAUCAAGUAUCAGCUUAUUGCCACAUCAGUUCGAAGGAGCUCCUUGCUACGGCUGAAUUAACAACUAGGGCGAUUCUUCAAGGAAUCUGUAAUCCACGGGAAAUAGAAGAUCGGCUACACAACAUAGAAUCCCAAAUGGCUGACCAGCUUAAUGUCAUAAAGACAAUGAUUCUUAACAUCGAAGACAAAUUAGCACAACAAGAUAGUCAAUACCGUCGAGCUAACCGAAAGUUGCAUGGUGCCGUGGCAGAACUAAGUGAAUCUGUGCAGUCCUGCACGAGUCUGCCCAAUUCAGCAAGCAAUUCAAUCCAUGUUGAAACUUCUCAAGCAACGCCAACGUCCCAAUUGAAGCAGGCUCCUGCGUCUUCUUUUUACAGUUCACCUAUAACUAUUGGCGUAAGAAGCACCGGAGCCGACCCAGACGAAGAAGAUAUGCUGAAUCCUCGCCAAGAGGAGAUAGACCGAUACAAUAGUUCAAUUCACAUUGAGGGUGGAAAAAGAGUAUUCAGCUAUUUCUGGAAGGUUGGUGACAUGGAAUAUAAACUGAAAAGUUGGGGACCACGUCGCUCCUUGCGCUCGCCUAGUUUCUACAUAUUCGAAUAUGGAUACAUGAUGUAUAUUCGAUUGUUUCCACGUCAAAAUGGCCAAAAUGUUUACGCACAUGUUGGUUUAACCAAGGGAGAUUAUGACGAGGCUUUGGAAUGGCCAUUUAUUUUGAAACAUCGUAUAUCUAUUCUUGACCAAGUUUCAUCUCCCUUUCAAGAUAUUUCUUCACGAGUUUGGGAUCCGAAGAUUUUAUGUUCCGGGUGGAAUUGGAAACGCCCAGCUACGGGUGACAACCACGAAUGUGUCGGAUUGGGAUUUCCAACUGAAGAUCUUCGCGCACAACAUUUUCUCCGUGACGAUAACCUUCUCAUAAAACUAACCGUAUAUCUUGAUUAACAAGAUAUCUUAUUUUUAGUUUUACCACUUGAAGAUGGCUCUUUCGUUUCUUUGGUUAGGAAUUUUUAUAAAUGUAAACUUUUAAGUUUGUAUACAGUGGUUCCAGGUUGCCAUCUUGGCAAUUGGCCUUGUUUGCACUUUCUUCCAGUUUGGUGCAACCUAAAAAAAGCAUUGACGUUGUCCAUAAGAAAAGGCUACGAAAAGGACAGUAAAGGAAGGGAAGAAUAGAGUGGGGAAGAAAGGGGUCGGACUCUCUUUUUUCACUCUCCCUUUGUCUUUCCAUUCGUACACUUUCUUAUGGACAAUGUCAAUGCUUUUUUUUAGGUUGCACCAAACUGGGAGAAAGUCCUAUCCAAGACGGCAACCUCGAACCACUCUAUUGUUGUUGUUAUAACGAGUUACAAUAAACACUUCUAUGAUGCCCUUGCAAAUGGAAAUAACUGAUCAGUUUUAUGGCAUGUAUGUAAAAUUUGUAGAGUGGAUUUCUUUUCUGGAUGUAAAUUCCUGAACGUUUCUUUUGCAUUA